AAAGAGAGAGAGAGAGAGAGAAGGCAGAAAGCAGCAAGGUUCUAGUGUCCACGGUUUACGGUUCAGCAAUUCCUUGAGUCAGCAUUCGCUCCCCUCCCCCUUCCCUAAUCUUGUCUGAUCGCUCUUGUCUUGUCGCAUCCGGUACCAUGGACCGACUGAAUUUUAACCCCCAGUCAUCUGUAGAUAGUGCUCGCUCGACUUCCUUCACCGCGCCUGCUUCUCCUACUGCUGUUGCACCCACAUCCGCAUCCGCACCUGCACCCGCACCCGCACCCGCACCUGCACCUGCCUCUCCUCUCAAUCCCAACCCUUAUUCCUCAUUGUCGUCCUCUCACUCUGCCGUGAACAACACCUCUGCGCCUACCGAGAUACCUCCGCGAUCCAGGCCGGGCCGCUCUGUCUCUCACUCUCUCAACAUCCCUUCCACCGCCAGCAGGAAGAGCCGACAUGCUGAGCCUGGAACGACCGACGCCCACUCUGCUACUGCCAACCUCUCCAAGCCCUCGCCCUCUUCGCUUCCCUUGAAAAGUCCUCGAACCUCUCUCUGCCGUCGUCGCCGCGAAUCCAACAACUCACUCGACGCUUGGAGCGACUCCGCUCUCCAGUUUGCCGACGCCGACGACCUCGAUACCCCACGCCUCAUGUCUGGGUCCAGCCAGCACCACCCAGAUUCCACCGCCCUGACAACUCGCACCUCGUUUUCUUCCGAGUCGGAACAAAAGCGCACUUCCGUCUCCAGCAUCUUCUCCGUCUACUCGCUGGCCUCGGCCCGCGGUGUCCUUCCCUCUUCUGCUCCCGCCACCCAGUCCUCUGCAGCUUCGACCAACGGCUCCGACAGCGGCCCUUCGCGCUCCGUUUCCGGCAUCAUGUCGUCGGGAAAACCUGUCACGAACGCCUCUCAGCCCGGCGCCGAGGUCUCCAAUGUUACCGUCACCACCUCCUCCAACGGGCAGCAUGGCAAUUCCGCCCCGGGCGGCCAUCACUUGACGCCGCGCGAUACCAACACCCAUGCUCACCACGAUGUCGUCAAGCGUCCUCGCCCCGAGCGGCCUCAGCCCACUCGCUCUCGUAGCCGAAAUAAGCGCAGGCUCAGCGCGAGCACUGGCGCUAGCAGCCAUAGCCCCAGCAGCGAUCGAGGGCUCUUCCACAGUAACACCAGCAACAAGGAGAAAGAAGAGGGUCAGUCAAGAGAUACAAGCGCGCCGCGACAACGUGUGCCAACAAGCUCUAAUGCACCUGCAGUCAAGCCGGCGCCGUGGGGUGUCAUUGGGGUCUGCGCUUUGGACGUCAAGGCUCGUAGCAAGCCUAGCAGAAACAUACUGAAUCGCCUCAUUGUGAACCGCGAGUUCGACGUCGUCGUGUUUGGCGACAAGGUCAUCCUGGACGAAGAGGUUGAGAACUGGCCUAUGUGCGACUACCUAAUCUCAUUCUAUUCGGAUGGCUUCCCUUUGGACAAGGCCAUUGCGUACGUCAAGGCACGGAAACCAUUCUGUGUGAACGAUGUGCCGAUGCAAAAAAUUCUCUGGGAUCGCCGUCUUUGCUUGAACAUUCUCGAUCGCAUUGGUGUUCCUACUCCAGGUCGAAUCGAGGUGAACCGCGACGGCGGCCCCAAGAUCCUAACCCCCGAUACAGCUAAGCAUAUCAAGGAGGUUACUGGUAUCACUCUGGACCCCGAAGAGUUGGGAUACAACAGGUUACCUCGCAAGGUCGAAUUGCUUGACGACGGCGACAUUCUCAGCGUAGACGGCACUCUACUCAAGAAGCCAUUCGUAGAGAAGCCCGUCAGCGGCGAGGACCACAAUAUCAUCAUCUACUUCCCCAAGUCCACCGGCGGCGGCGCCCGCAGGCUCUUUCGGAAAAUCGGCAACAAGAGCUCGGAAUACGACCCGGACCUGAACAUUCCCCGCGCAAUUCUGGAACCGGAGAACAGCUACAUCUACGAAAAGUUUAUGCGAGUCGACAACGCUGAGGACGUCAAGGCCUACACUGUUGGGCCCAACUACUGCCAUGCCGAGACUCGCAAAUCGCCCGUCGUCGAUGGUGUUGUCAGGCGUAACACGCAUGGCAAGGAGCUACGGUAUGUGACGGCCCUGGAUCCCGAAGAAAAGGAAAUUGCCAGCAAGAUCUCGACCUCCUUCGGCCAGAGAGUUUGUGGCUUCGACUUCUUGAGGGCUGGCGGUAAAAGCUAUGUGAUUGACGUCAACGGUUGGAGUUUUGUCAAGGACAAUGACGAUUACUACGACCAUUGCGCCAACAUUCUCAAGGACGUCUUUGUUAAGGAGAGACUUCGGAGAGGCGGCGUGACCUCCCCCGCGCCAUCCCCAUCACCUUCGGACAUUGCCGACCCGCUGGCCUCGCGAGGCAAGGACAAGGAGUCUCAGCCAAUUCCUGUGCCACCGGCCAAGAACAAAUCCGUAACGAGUAUCUCAGCCAUCUCCGAGAAACUGCCACAGGAACCGAAGCACGCGCCUACGAGUGUAGCCACCCAAAAGUCAGAUAGCGCACUCAACUCGUCCGUCACAAGCUCGUGCACAAGUCCGACACUCCCACCCCCACCUCCUCUGGUCGACCCUGUCGUAGCAAGUGUUCCGUCCACAUCAGGAUCAGCCACACCGUCUGCCGCGCCUUCGUUGAAAGGAGAGGGAACGGGACCGCCGCCUGAAGAGACUCCCGUGCCACCGCCACCGCCAAAGCACUCUUGGAAACUCAAGGGUAUUGUGUCUGUCAUUCGACACGCGGACCGUACUCCGAAGCAGAAGUACAAGUUCACCUUCCACACAGCCCCUUUUAUUGAACUCCUUAAAGGCCACCAGGAGGAGGUGCUGCUCAUUGGCGAGGCAGCCUUGGCUAGCGUGUUGCAGGCCGUUGAUGUUGCAUUGAGGGCGGGCGUGGAGGAUCGUAACAAGCUCAAGUCUCUCCGCAACGUCCUGGUCAAGAAGGGCGGGUGGGCCGGCACCAAGGUGCAGAUCAAGCCCAUGUUCCGAAAGAAGAAGACAGAAGAAAUUGCCGUUUCAUCAGGUGACGAGCUCUCACAGGUCUUGAAAGAGGGCGUCGAGACAGAUUUCGCGGAAAAGCCCGAAGACGCCGUUACUAAGACAGAAAACUCUUCGCCAGUGAGGAUGCCGCCGAAGAGGCAUGAUUCUCUCUCUGGUGUCACCAUGUCCCGCAUCACGGCAGCGGAGGAGAGUCUGGUCCUGGACAAGCUUCAGCUCAUUGUGAAGUGGGGCGGUGAGCCCACUCACUCAGCACGGUACCAGGCCCAGGAGCUUGGCGAGAACAUGAGAAACGACUUCAACUUGCUGAAUCGUGACGUGCUGGAUGAGGUUCACGUUUUCAGCAGCUCCGAGCGUCGAGUUACCACCAGUGCGCAGAUCUGGGCUUCUGCCUUCCUCGACCGCAAAGAUCUUCCCGAAGACUUCAUAACGAUCCGCAAAGAUUUGCUUGACGACUCGAAUGCCGCUAAGGACGAGAUGGAUAAGGUCAAGAAGAAGCUGAAGGGUCUCCUGCGUAAGGGCAAUGAGCGACCUCCUCAAUUUGCCUGGCCAGAGAAAAUGCCGGAACCGUCAGAGGUCCAGACUCGCGUUGUCCAGUUGAUGAACUUCCAUCGCCGCGUAAUGCACUAUAACUACACGAAGCUGCAUAACGGCAGUGCCGUUGCGUCAUUGAACAAUGCCAUUGCAAACCCCGGUACAGAGAAGCCUGCCAACGGGGACAGCUCGGUCUCGACAGGCUCGACAUCAUCGUCACUGUCCCAAGCAAACGCGGUGAGCAAUAUCCAACCUAGAUGGUGCUGUGGCGAGGAUGCAGAACUCUUUCGGGAGCGCUGGGAGAAACUUUUCGCCGAGUUCUGCGACGGGGACAAGGUCGAUCCUAGCAAGAUUUCAGAACUCUACGACACAAUGAAGUUCGAUGCCCUGCACAAUCGGCAGUUCUUGGAAUGGGUCUUCACGCCACCCAAGGCCAUGUUGGAGGAAGAGUACGGCAUCAAGGAGAAGGAAAGCAGAGAGGGUACCAAAGAGGGUAGCAAGGAUGGCAAAGCUACUGACAAGGCCUCGGAUGAGGGCAAAUCGUCGCUAGACUCCCGCGAGGAGCGGCGGGACGGUUCGGGAUCCAGCGACAAGGCAGAUAAGAGCGAAGCCAAUAAAAGCUCGACCUCUGUCAGACGCAUCUUCCGACGGCGAUCCUUCCUUAACGGCUUGCGACACGCCGAAGCAGCCCCGCCGGAACAGUACUUUCACCUUUACAAGGGGAACACUCAGACCAAGGCAAAGACUGACGCUCGGUUCGAACCUCUCCGGGAAUUAUACCAACUCGCUAAGGUGCUCUUUGACUUCAUUUGCCCCCAAGAGUACGGCAUCUCCGAUGGCGAAAAACUCGAGAUAGGUCUCCUGACGUCACUGCCCCUGCUCAAGGAGAUCGUUCAGGAUCUCGAAGAGAUGCAAGCGUCGAACGACGCCAAAUCUUUCUUCUACUUCACCAAGGAGUCCCAUAUUUACACACUGCUUAACUGCAUCUUUGAAGGAGGCAUCGAGACUAAGAUUAAGCGAAGCACCAUUCCUGAGCUCGACUACCUUUCUCAGAUUUGCUUCGAGUUGUACGAAUCCGAGACCAAGGCCCCUGCCGACACACCCGAUGGCGGAGAAGAGCAGACCUUUGCCUAUAGCAUCAGAAUCACCAUCAGUCCUGGAUGCCACGUCUUCGACCCUCUUGAUGUACAACUGGAUAGCAAGCACUGCAUCAGCUGCGCUCCACGCCGCAGCCUGACCCCUCACGGCGAUUGGAUGCAAGUGAUUCGCACUCUGAGGGCCAAAUUCAACCAAGUCAAGCUCCCCAAGACGUUCCUCGCAAUCAACUUAUCGGAUCUCUUCUCCUUCGAGGACCAUGAGAGACGCGAUAGUGACAGUGAGGGUCUGGAGAUGAAGGCAUUACACCCCAAGCCGAAGUCAACACCGGCACAGGCAGCUGUCACACAGAAGGAGGACGAGGCCAAGGCCGAGCCUGAGCUGCUCGUAGAGGCCGGCCAAGCCCUCGCGUCGGCCUCGUCCGUUGCCAUGGAGCCCGAAGAGCCGGUUACAGGUUAAGUGCGGAUACCAUCCCUCAGGCGGCGGAGUCGAGCGAGCGAUGAAGUUGCACAUACGCCUCCCGGGUAAUGAUGAUCAAUAUCACAUACAGAACAACAGCAGGAAUGGAACAGUAGUCAGGGGCAGUAAGUUUAGGCGCACCAUAGCAUAACACCCUCAAAAGCAUGGCUUUUCUAAAUUUAACAAGAGUGUGACGAUAUUUCGCAUUGUCUUGAGUUGACUUUGAGGCGCCACGCGGCUUGGGCUGUCCCCAGAAGCUA